AACUAAGAUUUUUGAUAUAUCAGCGAAUUCAAAUUAUUUUGAAUGGAAGGAAAUGUUCAGAAAUCUAUAUCAUUAUUUGAAAAUGUCCCCACAAUAUCAGAUAUGUCCCAUUUUUCUCUUCAUUCAAUAACUAUUUCGCCUUAAAUGCAAUGUUACUUCCAAAGAACGGACUCUUCGGUUUGUUUCUGCUUCUAGUUAUAAGUACUCUAAUAAUAAUAUAUCAGAUUCAGAUCUUAAAACUGCAGGAAAAAAUAUAUAGUUUAGAAACAAAUCAAAAAGAUUAUUCAGCAUUGGUAACGAGACAAAUCUCUGAGGAAGAUGAUAUUGUUGUUAUAUAUAAUAGGGUUCCGAAGACUGCUUCUACCAGUUUUGUUGGGGUAGCAUAUGAUAUAUGUAAGAAAAAUCAUUUUCAUGUUCUUCAUGUUAAUGUAUCUGCUAAUAGUCAUGUGCUGUCUCUCAAUAAUCAGCUUGAAUUAGCCAGAAAUAUAACAUUCUGGAAUGUUAUGAAGCCAGCAUUGUAUCAUGGGCAUUUUGCUUAUUUUGAUUUUUCAAAAUUUCAUGUUCCAAAACCAUACUUCAUAAAUAUUAUACGACGGCCUCUAGAUAGAUUCAUAUCAUAUUAUUAUUUUGUUCGAUAUGGUGACAAUUAUAGACCAUAUUUGAUAAGGAAAAAACAUGGAAAUACAGUGUCAUUUGAUGAAUGUGUUGCUAAAAAAUUACCAGAAUGUGACCCUAAUAAUUUAUGGCUUCAAGUACCAUUUUUCUGUGGGCAUGCAGCAAACUGCAGGAAACCUGGUAACAAAUGGGCACUUGCCGAGGCAAAAAAAAAUAUUGUCGCGCACUAUCUAUUAGUUGGUGUAACAGAAGAACUUCAAGACUUCAUCUCUAUAUUAGAAUUAACAGUUCCGAGGUUGUUUAGAGGUGCUCUGGAGCAUUAUUUGAAUAGUAACAAAUCACAUUUGAGGAAAACCGUGCAGAAGGAUGUUCCUUCUGAAGAAACUGUGAAGAAAAUUAAAGAGAGUCCUGUUUGGCAAAUGGAAAAUGAACUCUAUGAGUUCGUAUUAGAAUAUUUCCAUUUUGUAAAGAAGCACACAUUGAAAGACAGGAGCCAAAAAGUAUUCUAUGAAAAAAUAAGGCCAAAAUAUGUUUGAAUGUGAGGUAAUAUCUCAUUGUACUGAGAAAGAAAAUGAAUAUUUUUUUAAUUAACCCUUUCAGGCACUUAUAUAACUCCUGAACUUUAUGUAGUUUUACUGUUUGUUGUCUAUUUAUAUUAUUAAAAUAUGUUUGUGACUGGUUA